UGGCCGUGUGUUUCACUCGGACUGUUUUUCGGUGCGCACACAGAUGAUCAUGUGACUGUAAGACAGGAGAAGCUUCACUAAACAUCAUUCAGUUUACAAAUAUAACCUGGUGCUUUAUUUUGUGUGAUGAUAUAUUAAAAGCGUCAGAAAAUGCUGCUAGUUUUAUCUGAGGAGCACAAGGAGCAUUUAGGAUUCUUGUCCGAAGUGGAUCCAACGGUUGUUGGUGAGUUCGGCAGAAUCGCAGUGGAGUUUCUGAAAAAAGGCUCAAACCCUAAAAUAUAUGAGGGAGCUGCACGGAAGCUGAAUGUGUCGUCAGAGAGCGUCCAGCACGGCGUGGAGGGCUUGAUGUAUCUCCUGACCGAGAGCUCCAAACUAAUGAUUUCGGAGGUGGAUUUCCAGGACUCCGUAUUGGUGUUGGGAUUCUCAGAGGAGCUCAAUAAACUUCUGCUCCAGCUGUAUUUAGAGAACAGGAAGGAGAUCCGACAGAUUCUCAGCAAACUCGCCCCCAGCCUGCCCCAUUAUCACAACCUGGAGUGGAGGCUCGAUGUUCAAUUGGCGAGUCGGGCGCUUCGGCAUCAGGUGAAACCCACCGUGACCCUGAAGCUCCACCUGGAGGAUGGUGCGAAGCGCAGCGCCCACGUCCUGCAGACGGAUCCCGCCACACUGCAACAUCUCAUUCAAGAGCUGGAACGAGCGCUCGGCGAGCUCAAGACCAACCACUGCCGCCGCAUCCUCCGCAACAUCAAAUAGAUGACUGUCAACACUAAUGAAAGGCUCAGAAGAGGAAGACAAUUUACUCCUGAUUACAUUUGUAUCAUCAGUCUGCUCGUUUGAUUGACUGUGAAGCAGUGAUGCUCCACCGGCACUCCAGAUGUUUCUUAGAGACAAAUCAAUGCAGAUUUUAUUGUUUAAUUUGUGCCAUAAGUAUUAACUGGUGCCUUUGCUUUGUAGUAAAUGGACAGUUCAUUCAAAAAUAAAAAUCUGUCAUUAUUUACUGGAAGUCAAAGAUUCACAUAUAAUGUACUCACCCCUUGUCAUCCAAGAUGUUCAUGUCUUUCUGUCUGUCUGCGUUUGAGAUUAAAAAGUAUAUAAAUUGUAUUAUUUUAAUGAAAAUAACCAAUCGUUUCGUUAGAUAAGAUCCUUCUUCCUCGGCUAGGAUCGUUUACAACCUGCAUUUCAUGCAAGUUCAAAAUCGGGGCACCGUAUCAGUCGAUUAUACUGAGAAAAUGAAAUAUUUUCCUCAAAAACCAUAAUUUCUUUACGACUGAAGAAAGAAAGACAUGAACAUCUUGGAUGACAAGGGAGUGAGUACAUUAUCUGUAAAUUGAUGUUCUGGAAGUGCAGUUCUCCUUUAAUGUUCCAAACCUGUAAGCAUUUCUUCCUUCCGUUGAAGACAAAUGAAGAUAUUUUAAAAGAAUGUUGGAAAUUAAUGGAAUGUCCAAUGGAACAUAGAAUGGAAGUCCGUGAGACCAUGAAUUUGGUUCUUUAAAAUAUCUUCAUACUAUAUUCAUAAGAUAUUUGUCAAAAGAUAUUUUGAAGAAUGUUGAUAACUGAAAGUUUCAGGUUUCACUGACUUCCAAAAUAUUUUUGUUCAUACUAUAGGAGCCAAAACCAUUUCGUUACCAAUAUUCUUCAAAAUAUCUUCUUUUGUGUUCCACAGAAGAAAGGGGGUGCGUAAAUGAUGACAGAGUUGACUUGUUUUGACGGACUGUCUCUUUAAAGGAGAAGUCCACUUCCAGAACAACAAAUAAUUACUCAAAUAACUACAAAUAAUUUACUCACCCCCUUGUCAUCCAAGAUGUUCAUGUCUUUCUGUCUUCAGUUGUAAAAAAAAAAAUGUUAUUUGAGGAAAACAUUUCAUCAUUUUUCUUCAUAUAAUGGACUAGAUUGGUGCCCCGAUUUUGAACUUCCAAAAUGUAGUUUAAAUGCAGCUUCAAAGGGCUCUAAACGAUCCCAGCCAAAGAAAAAAGGUCUUAUCUAGCAAAACGAUCUGACAUUUUUUUUCAAAAAAUUAAAAUGUGUAUACUUUUUAAGCACAAGAGCUUGUGUAGCACAGGCUCUGGGAUGUGCGUUCAAGUACUAUUGAAUCAUGUCGAAAGGUCACGCCGAACUGAGGCAGAACUACAGACCAGAGAAAGUCUAAGAAAGUGCAAGUAAGUCAAACGCUGUUUACAAAAAGAAAGAUACAACGAUGUUGGUCCAUUCUGAAGUUGUAGGAGAAAAUAAUAUGGAGUUUUUCGACAGCUGCAUUAAACUACAUUUUGGAAGUUCAAAAUCGGAAGCACCAUUGAAGUCCAUUAUAUGAAGAAAAAUCCUGAAAUGUUUUCCUCAAAAACCAUAAUUUCUUUACAGCUGAAGACAGAAAGACAUGAACAUCUUGGAUGACAAGGGGGUGAGUACAUUAUAUGUAAACUGUUGUUCUGGAAGUGGACUUCUCCUUUAAGUGUGUGGAAUUGAAGGGUGUUUGUGUGUAUUUUUGGGUUGAGGGUUUACCUCCCCAGCAAUACAUGCAUUUCUUGGACCAAUUUAUUAAACAUCAAUGUUUAUUGCACUUUUUCUAAAAUGUCCGUAAGGCCGAGUAAUGAUCAGGCCUAUAGGCUGAACCUGCAGAUUUUGUCCUCUCUUUUUUAUGCACUUACUUUAAAUGAAAAUCUGCAGAAAUCUGGAGAAGAAAAAGAAAACUGAAAGUGCAGUAGCAGAUUCCUGCUAAUGUUUCCUCACUGCACUGUUCAUAGAUGCUUAUCCUUUCAUUUGUUUUUCAUCCGUUUGUGUAAUAAAAACAUAACCCUUCCAGUUUAACAUGUAUUAUGUUAUGAAUACAAUAAAUGCAAUAACAAUAUCA